GAUCGGUAACUAGAUUGACCUUCAAAUGGCAACGAAAGGCAAUAAAGUGUAUGUAAACAUUUUAAAUCUUAAUGAUUCAAUAAGUAUCUUUAAUGAUUUAAUAAAAUGUUUACCCUAAAUUGUAUUUCAAAAUGUGUGAACUGUGUGAUUUUUUUGGUUAGAUUAACUGGCAUUUGACUUUAACUUAGUUUAGCACUAUUCUGUGUCCAUCGAUGAUGUCGUUACGUCGAGACUUGACUCUUGAGUUUGAGAGUAAAUCUUAAGUAAAUCAGUAGGCAUACAAUUACAGUAGGCCCACUUAAGUUAAGUCUUAACUUGGACUUUAGACAAAUUAAUUUUUUAAAUAUAGUUAUUAUUUAUAGUUUUAGUGACUAUAGACUAGACUUAAGACCCGCUAAGUAAGUCUACUUUGACUUUAGACAUAAUAUAACAAAUAACUAAGUAAUUUUAAUUAUUACUUUUUAUAAAUUUAUUGACUAUUAUUACUAUUAGCUUAUAUUAUAAUUAUAGGGCUAAUGUGCAGAGAUGAUUCCGUGACGUCAUUUGCGUGUUUAAGUUGCCUUGAAUUAGGGUUCAGGUUAGGUUAAUAAGGGAUACAUAUAGGACAUAAGUUCGUGGGUCGCGAUAACAAAGAUGGCGGCCAUGAUGAAAAAACUCGGGGAUAUCUCUUCACAUUUACCAAUUAUAACUUACUAUACUAUACUUAAUAUAUUGCUCAUCACUCUCAUUUUUUAAAUGUUAUAGAGAUAGACCUUUACAUGUUGUUCAUCCGCCAAGAUCGACUAGGACCAUCUAGUCAUCCGUUUCGGGGGGGGGGGGGGGGGUCACGGUGAGACCUUUACAUAUAAAGAUACAUCUUUUUUUAUGUCAAUCACAAUCGAAUCAAUAAGUCAAUAACUUCUAAGUCAUACUAUUAAAAUUGUAUGUCAAAAUCAAUUAAAAUUUUUUUACCUACUCAACUAAAACCGUCUAAAGCCAAUUGGAAGUUGACUGAUUCACACAGUCACUGUCCAACACUGGGCAAGACUUUUAAAAGUUAUGUACUGAGUAAUGUCUGUACUUAUGACUUCCACAGAGUCUGAGUGGAAUGUAUUAAUUGACUGUCCUCAAUUAACACUUCACACUAUGAGUAUGAAAAUAUGAUUGAUUGAUUUAUUCAAUAAUUUAUUAGGCCUCCUGACUAAAUAACAAAUAAAGGUAAAGAAUAAACCAGCUCGGAAUGAUGAUUGGGGUGCACAGUUACUAGUUAGCAACAUACAGGUGGGUGUAACCAUGUGGGAUGACCCCAGCAACACCGAACUCUAACCACCCAAAUAGAAAACAUAAUCCAUAGUCAUGAAACAAAAUUUGUUCUGAUGGGUAACCAUUCAAGACCAUAUAAAUAAUAUAAAUUUGACAUUGGCCUAUGGAAUCAGUGAAUGCUUGGGUCUGGUUGUGGUAAGAAGCAUAUAGUAUACUUACAUAGCAUUGAAAACAAUUAUGAGUGUAAUAAAGUAUAUUCAUUAUAAAGUCAAUAACCAUGCCAGUUUUAUAAAUUAAUUACUCUUUUUUUUUCUUUGACAGGUAUGGUCUUAUUAUUCCUAAAAAAGAUGGACAAAUUAAAUCAAAACCUUCCAAAGCUUCUGCUUUUAACGUUUUUGGAAAUGAAAGUGAUGAGGUAAAUUCACUUUUUAAAUUAAAAAAAACUCAUACACUUAUUGAAAUUAUUGCAUUUUGAGGAAAUGAGUCAAAUGCUGUAAUUAAAGACUUUUGAAUUACUAUCAUAAUGACUAGUGGGCUGCUGUCGGACACAUGAACAUUAAUAUAUUCAGUGCUUUUGAAAGAGAAACAGUCCUCCUACACUUGACAGGAAUUUUGUUUAAUGAACUCAAACAUUUUUGGAAAUAAUAUUGGUGAUACUGUGAACAAGUUUUAAGAUAAGUCUUUUUGCUGACAUAUUCAUUGUUAUGUGGCAUCUUUUUUCAAGUGUUUCCUUACUUUGUGUUCCAUAUUUCCUUAAAUGAUGGGGAGGGAAUAAAAGCUAUGCUGUCUUUCAUUUAAAGCAAAUUUAAAAAGCUGAAAAUUGAUUAGGACUAUCUACACACACACCAUAUAGCAUACAACAAUUCUAGGGGAUGAGUCAUACAUAAGUGAAUUGAUAAUAAGCACUGGACUUUGAUUACCAAAUCACUGACAUGAAUCCAUUUUUACAAACUACUGCAAAUAACAUAAAAGUUAUUUUGAUUUAAAAUCUUUCAAAACACAUCUUUUCCAUUUUGAUAAAUAGUAGAAUUUGUUUAAUCUUGUAGUAAAAUUAUAGCAUAACUUUCAAGGUUUUAGAUACUGAGGCGUCAUUAGGGUUGAUGUCACUGGGUGAGGCAAACUCAUGGUGUCCGCCCCCUCUCACCCUUUUUUCAGACACCCCCCCCCCACCCUUCCCACAAACGGCACAGAGUAAUUCUUAACCAGAUCAUACAGAAACAAUUACAGUAUUGUUUGUAAAUUAACUCCUAAAGGCAAAAAGGCAUAAAAAGGAAACAUAGAAUUUAGGUACCAGCAUUUCAAAGAUACAUCAAAAUGACUUUGUAUUGCAGUAAUACUUAUAAAACUAUUGUAACAACUGUUGUAAGUAUAGAGACCUUUAUCUCUUAUUUGAGUAUACGGCUCAUUGAAAAACAGUGCACAACAUAAGACAAUACAGUUAAUUAAAUAUGGUAAUACAGAAAACUGUACCCCAACUAGAGCUAAUUAAAAGUAAUAAUUUAAUUAAGUUAGUGAUAGAUUACAAGAUCAAAAAAUAAAAUAAAAACUAAAGUUAUUGAUUUACAGUACAGUGAUGACUUGUACCGGUACAAUGUUGAAGAAGAUGCAAUGUUGUAAAGGUACAAUGUUUAAAAAGGAACACACACACACACACUGGAAAUAUUAUUAAACAAGUCUCUGUCUUGUAUAGCAAAUCUAGCUCCUCUCAAUCUCUCCAUAGGCAUACAUAUAGUCUGUUUCAGAGAUAUUUCUAGAAAGGGCUUACACAUUAUGUCCCUUUCUCGAUCAACCUCGAUAUUUCUACAUGAUUCUACUUUUACAGACCAUAGACUGUAUUUAUUUGUAAACAAGGUCAAGGGAGACUAUUUUUAAUUAACCACACCCAAUGGCUGUGUCGAACUUGGGGUCAGCUAAAGUUCAUUCAUGAAAAAAGAUGAAUGAAAGUAAACAAGAUGCCUAUAACACUAUGAAAAUAAUUAUAAUAAACAAAAUAGAGGUAUUGGCAGUUGAUUUAAAACAACAAUAUAUAUAAAGGGAAUUAAAAAAGGAGCUUGUUGUUCAUGUUUUUUCUGAAGUGAACACCCUGAAAUCCUUGCAUGACCUACUUAGAUUGUCACAAACUUAAGUUAAGCAACUAAACUUAUGGAAAAAUCCACUAGAUGCUCUAGCGGCAACCUGCUCUUGUAUUUAACUUAGAUAUGUUAUAAAACAGACUCAAUUUUACAUUUGGUAUAAUCAGGGUUGCCAAAUUUGAAAACAGUACAAAUUGGACCUGAAAUAUUCUUUUUCUGUGAAUGUCCAAUAAUCACUUUAGGAUAUCUUUAAAAAAAAUUAGACAUUUUACAAACAAUUUUUGAAGCUUGAUUUAAACUUUUCUUCUCAUAAUGAAGAGAAAAGUGGCGUGAAUGUCAUUCUACAAGCUUUGGUGAUCUUAGAGAAUUAUGUAUGUUGAUUGUCUUUUCCCCUUACCCACAAAUAUUUUUACAUAUCCUUAGGAGGAAACUAGCUCAGCUACAGGAGUGUCUGCUGUUAAAACUUCAGGACCAAGUACAGUUAAAAGACAGGUUAACAGUCUGACAUUGUUCCUUAAGUGUCAUUUAAACAAAAAAAAUUUUAAAGUAUUGUUUUUAGUAAGGUAGCCACACCAGAAUCAAUUCUCUUAUUAAUUAAGCUGUAUAUACCUUAGGCCAUCUUCCUGAUUGUACAUAUUCAUUAGAUUAUAAACAUUUUUACAGACACAGAUGGAUAUUGAUAAAGCCUUGCAAGAGGAUCCAAAUAUCUAUGAAUAUGAUGCUAUCUAUGACAAAUUGCAGGCAAAUAAACCCCACGUUGGAUUAAAAGAAAAAAGCACUAUGGAGAAAAAGGUUAUCUUUUUUGAAAUUAUUCUUUUCCAAAUAUCACUCUCUCUCUUUGCUUUUAGUUGUUUAACAUAAAUAAUGUAAAUUUAUCAUUUUUGAAUUACAUUAAUCUAGUUAUUUACAAUUAGAAUCUUAAAAUGCAGUUAUAAUAUUCAAGGAAGUAUUUUCUAUCCCAUAAUCUUCUUAUGGCACACAAAAAAUAUAAUGUUUUUUAAAAUCUUUUACUGAUGGCAAUAAAGAGCAUUCUAUUAAUUCCUCUCAUUAAAAGUAUUUUAUUUAAUUAUGUCUGCCUCUGCUUCCAAAUUAUUUAUUUUACCCUGCAUUUUUUUUUCAGCCGAGAUAUAUAUCAGGUUUGUUGAAAGCGGCAGAAGUGAAAAAGAAAGAAGAUGAAAGAAGAAAAGAGAGACAAGUAAGGCACAUUGUAUCCUCCUGUGUCAUAUUUAUUUUUGAUUGUGCAGAUGAAAAAAGUUUUAAUGUAGAUCACUAGAUUGCAUAUAAGAGAUAACGAUUUGUUUAUGAAGUUUUGAGACGAUUUGUUGAUGAAGUUUUGAAAAAGUUCUAUUGAAAGUCACAUGGCUGUGCAGGUUUAGAGUAUGAUUAAUAUUAAUGCUCUUAUUUUAGACUGCCUAUUUAGCCUUUUCCAAACCCUUCAGAAUUAUACUGCCUGCUAUUUAACUUUUCCUAGACCCUUCAAUAUUAUGGUGCUCACAUAAUGCUAAAUGACUGAUCUCAAUAUUUAUACUAUAGCAGGAAUGCCUCUAUUAUAAUUUUCCACUUGUCAUGGUCAACUGUGUAUUCUAUAAUAAUGGCACAUUGCAUUAAAAUUUCCCAAUCAGGUGUAAAAAAACAAAUAUUCAUAUUUUCCCUAUUACUGUGUUUAAUUUUAAACAGGAAUAUUAGAUAAUGUUAAAAAUAAUAAAAUCUCACUUAAAAGUUGACUUUUUAAAAAAAUCUAUCUAUCCUCAUUUAGUGUUAAUGGGACAGUUUGAAUACUAUCUCAAUACAUAACUUUAUCAUUAACAUUUUGUUUUAAAAAAAUUAAAAAAUUAAACAUAAAAGCUGUAAUACUUUUUUUUUAAAGAUUAAAAAAAAAAAAUUCUUAAAAAAAAUAAUGUGUGUUAUGUUAUGCUAUUUUGAUCAGGUUCAGAAAGAACGUGAGGCUGAAGGAGAAAUGUUUGCAGACAAAGAGAAGUUUGUGACUUCUGCAUACAAACAGAAAAUGCUGGAAAUGCAGAAAGAAGAAGAAAAGGAGAAACAGGAGGCUGCUAUGGAAAGUUAGUAGAAACAUUGCUACAUUGCUAAGGGAGAUAAUUAUGUCAUUGAUUAUAAAAGGUUUGUUUCCUAAAGGACAUCACUUAAAAUUUUUAAAUGAAGCUAUCAUGGAUUAGCCUUUAUGACUUUACAUCUUAAUACAGCCAUGAAACUUCCCUGUAAAUCUUUUUACCAGUUUCUGUGAAUCUAUUCACCUUUACCCUAUAGUAUUUUUAUCGGUGCUCGUGAGUCUAUUACUGGUUUUUAAUCUAUUUUUGGCAGUAAAAUAAAAAAAGUGUCGAUUUUGGGUAUUGACUAGUAAUUGUUGCAGAUAUCGGAAAAAGCAUUGUGUUCAAUUUGAUGUGAUUACAAUUAAUGCACAUGUAAAAGAAUUUGAUGAAAGAAACAAAUCACUUACAGAUUGUGACAAAAAUAUUCAAUUAAAAAAUGACUGUCAAAAUUUUUAAAUUGUGAAAAAGUAUUUUAGGUUAUUACUGUCUCAUACUUAAAUAAUUAAGUUGUUCAUAAAUUAACCUUCAACCAAUAACUCGUGGCAGCAGCUAAGUGAUUUUCGUUUGUUUGUCUUUUUAGAUCUUCUUGAUGUAACCAAACAGAAAGACAUGAGUGGAUUUUACAGAUAUCUUUACCGAACUACUGCAGGGACUGAGGGUACUCAGAAUCCCAGUGGAGAUGAUAGCAGCCUAAUUAAAGAUGAGAAGUAAUACCCGUUUCAUAAGUUUAUUUAUGUGCAAUUACGCUGGUCUCUUUGUCAUUUUUAAUGGAUCCCAAAAAUGAAUAAGUUUUGGAGUAGAGAAAAACAGUUUCAGGAUCUUUAAAUAAAAUCUCUAUCCAGUGAAGAAUGCAAACCUUAUUUGUGUUUUUUUCUAUCCUAAUAUUCUAAAUCAUUAGGUUAUAUUAUUCUAGAAAGAUUAGUGUUAUGGUAGAUGCAUGUUUCUCGUGCGUGAACUUUGGGUGACCCCAAGUUUUGGAGACACAAUGUGUGGCCUAAUUGUAAAUUGUUUCCCUUCACCUUGUUUAAAAUUUAAACACUGCAUCUCGUCAAUUUUGAUAGAACUUACGAGAAGGCCUUAGUUACAGAUAGAGCACUCGUCUUAACGCUUUCUGGAAUAGUCUUUAUGAGAGACUAUAAAUAAUCCGAUCGACAGAGAGCAAUGAGAGAGAUAGAUUGGUUGAGAUUGAGACAGACUAAGAUAUGAGGCAAGAGCAAGAUGAAUAAACUGACAUGCAGUACUGACUAUACCAUAUAUUUGUACCUUAUAUUUACUCUGUGUGUGUGCACCUUCCCAACAUUGUACCAGUUCAUUGCUGUAAAUUUAAGUUAAUAGAGUUGUAUUUUAUUUUAUUUGAUUUUGUAUUUUAAAGUUAGCUUAAAUAAAUUAUUUGUAAUUAGCACUACUUCGGGUAUAGUUCUUUUAUUACUGUAUUUAAAUCAAUGGGAUCGUUCCUUUUUUGUGUAAUGUUUGUCAACGAGCCAUCUUUAAAAUAAUAAAUUCUUUAAAUAUUAGAACGGUACGUACAAAUUUAGUGUUUUAAAUUUAUAACAGCUACAGUUUUCUCUAGUGUACUACAGUAUUAUAUUUUUAAAUAAUGAUAAUUCAUUGAUCUUUGUGUAUAUUAGAUUUUUAUAAACAUAUUUAUUUGCCAUUUUUCUCCUGAAAGUCUAUCAACUAUUCAGAUUAGCCAAUCUGGUAUAUUGAUUUUUUUGUUUAUUGAUUUAAUGGAAAUAAUUCUCAUUAUUAAAAUAAAUUUUCAAUUUGCACUUUUUUAAAUGUUCAAUUUGCAGGUUUUAUUAUAUAAGAUUAAUAAAUAUCCCCAAGAUUGUCUCCCAAAGUUUGUAGAAUUAAGGGAAGGUGUUAAUGAGUUAAAAUUUAAUUAACUUUGCAGCAUCAAGAAAGAAUGCAGUCCUGAAGACAAUGAAAAUCCACCCACACAGCCCAAAGAUAAGGAAUCCUCUCCAUCAAGCUCAUCAUCAUCAUCAUCGACUGGAUCUUCAACAUCAUCACACAGGUAUUGCCAUACUUAGCUCAUCUGUUGUCAUGUGUUGUAUAAGGAGUAUUAACACAAUAUCUCAACCUGUGGCCUUGUUUAGUUAUCUUCCUUUUAUUCUAAAAAAGAAAUGAUGAAUUCAAGCAUCAUGUUAUGGUUGAUUGUCUAAGUGUGCUUGUAGUUUGUAUUAAAAUCUGAAUUUAACAGUGGUUUCCCUUUGCUCUAAAAUUGCAUCAUAUGUAGUUAUAUUUGUGCAUAGAAUGGUGUAAUGCUACAAUGAUAAAACUAUAUGGCAGUCUAACACUCAUAAUAAGUUGAUGAUAAGGUAGAAUCUCUUAUAUCUAUUACACUUCUGGUGUGACUUGUGGACUGCUUCCUUUUCUGUCUGCGUCCUAUUUAGCACAUAUGGUAUUGAGAGUAUAUUACAAAUAAUUUUAUAUGUUUCAAAGAAAGUAUGGUUCAAUAAUGAGUUCAAUAGCAUGCAAAAAAUAAUUCCCAAUAACUAUGCUAAUUAUAUAUAUUUUCUUAAUAAUGCAACUGCGUUUGGUGCGUAAUAUUUUCUUUUCGGAAAAUGAAAUCUACUCAAUUUAAGUAUAGUGUAAAAAUAUUUGGUUUAAAAGUGGUUGGGACAUCAGAAUAUUUAAUGUAGUUCAUGGACAUGGAAUAAAAAGUGUGCAAUGACGUAUCAUGUAGGGAAAGGGUUUAGCUAAAAUUGGGAUUCUUAAAUGUGCUUUACUUGAGUUCAUGUUUUGUCAAGUAACUUUAGUAGAUGGGAAGUUCACACAUUGCUGUCGCCUAUUUUAUCAGGCUAUAGCUAGUGUUGUAUAGUAAGGUAGAGUUGUGUGAUGUUAUGUGGACUGAUGUCAUGUUACAGUUGAAUGGUGUGAUGUUAAGGUAGAGUGGCAUGAUGUUAUGUUAUUUGAUUUUAUGGUGGAGUAGGUAUGGUGCCAUCUUACAGUAGAAUAGUGUCAUGUUAAGCUAGAAUGGUGUAAUAUUACGUUAUAAAAAUGGUGUUUUAUAUAUACUUUGUGUCUAUAUUACCUACUUAAAGCAUAUCGUAGCCCAACUCUCUUAUAAUUAGUUGAUGAUAAGGUAGAAUGGUGUAAUGUUAGGGUAGAAUGGUGUGAUGUUAGGGUAGAAUGGUGUGAUGUUAAGGUAGAAUGGUGUGAUAUUAGGGUAGAAUGAUGUGAUGUUACAGUAGAAUGGUGUGAUGUUACAGUAGAAUGGUGUGAUGUUACAGUAGAAUGGUGUGAUGUUAGGGUAGAAUGGUGUGAUUUUAAGGUAGAAUGGUGUGAUUUUAAGGUAGAAAGGUGGGAUUUUAAGGUAGAAUAGUGUGAUGUUACAGUAGAAUGGUGUGAUAUUAGGGUAGAAUGGUGUGAUGUUACAGUAGAAUGGUGUGAUGUUAGGGUAGAAUGGUGUGAUGUUACAGUAGAAUAGUGUGAUGUUACAGUAGAAUGGUGUGAUGUUACAGUAGAAUGGUGUGAUGUUAGGGUAGAAUGGUGUGAUAUUAAGGUAGAAUGGUGUGAUGUUAAGGUAGAAUGGUGUGAUGUUAGGGUAGAAUAGUGUGAUGUUAAGGUAGAAUGGUGUGAUGUAAAGGUAGAAUGAUGUGAUUUUAAGGUAGAAUGGUGUGAUUUUAAGGUAUAAUGGUGAGAUUUUAAGGUAGGAUAGUGUGAUGUUACAGUAGAAUGGUGUGAUGUUAGGGUAGAAUGGUGUGAUUUUAAGGUAGAAUGGUGUGAUGUUAAGGUAGAAUGGUGUGAUGUUACAGUAGAAUGGUGUGAUGUUAGGGUAGAAUGGUGUUGUGUUAGGGUAGAAUGGUGUGAUUUUAAGGUAGAAUUGUGGGAUGUUAAGGUAGAAUGGUGUGAUGUUAAGGUAGAAUGGUGUGAUUUUAAGGUAGAAUGUUGUGAUGUUAAGGUAGAAUGGUGUGAUUUUACAGUAGAAUGGUGUGAUGUUAAGGUAAAAAAGUGUGAUGUUACAGUAGAGUGGUGUGAUAUUAGGGUAGAAUGAUGGGAUUUUAAUGUAGAAUGUGGGAUUUUAAGGUAUAAUAGUGUGAUGUUACAGUAGAAUGGUGUGAUAUUAGGGUAGAAGAGUGUGAUGUUACAGUAGAAUGGUGUGAUGUUAGGGUAGAAUGGUGUGAUUUUAAAGUAGAAUGGUGGGAUUUUAAGGUAGAAUAGUGUGAUGUUACAGUAGAAUGGUGUGAUGUUAGGGUAGAAUGGUGUGAUUUUAUGGUAGAAUGGUUUGAUUUUAAAGUAGAAUGGUGUGAUGUUAAGGUAGAAUAGUAUAAUAAUAUUAUAGUAUGAUGUUACAGUAGAAUGGUGUGAUGUUAAGGUAGAAUGGUGUGAUUUUAAGGUAGACCGGUGUGAUUUUAAAGUAGAAUGGUGGGAUUUUAAGGUAGAAUACUGUGAUGUUACAGUAGAAUGGUGUGAUUUUAAGGUAGAAUGGUGUGAUUUUUAAAGUAGAAUGGUGGGAUUUUAAGGUAGAAUAGUGUGAUGUUACAAUAGAAUGGUGUGAUGUUAGGGUAGAAUGGUGUGAUUUUAAGGUAGAAUGGUGUGAUGUUAAGGUAGAAUGGUGUGAUGUUAAGGUAGAAUGGUGUGAUGUUAAGGUAGAAUGGUGUGAUGUUAAGGUAGAAUGGUGUGAUGUUAAGGUAGAAUGGUGUGAUUUUAAGGUAGACCGGUGUGAUUUUAAAGUAGAAUGGUGGGAUUUUAAGGUAGAAUACUGUGAUGUUACAGUAGAAUGGUGUGAUUUUAAGGUAGAAUGGUGUGAUUUUUAAAGUAGAAUGGUGGGAUUUUAAGGUAGAAUAGUGUGAUGUUACAAUAGAAUGGUGUGAUGUUAGGGUAGAAUGGUGUGAUGUUAAGGUAGAAUGGUGUGAUUUUAUGGUAGAAUGGUGUUAUGUUAAGGUAGAAUGGUGGUUUUUAAGGUAGAAUGGUGGGAUUUUAAGGUAGAAUAGUGUGAUGUUACAGUAGAAUGGUGUGAUAUUAGGGUAGAAUGGUGUGAUGUUACAGUAGAAUGGUGUGAUGUUACAGUAGAAUGGUGUGAUGUUACAGUAGAAUAGUGUGAUAUAGGAUAGAAUGGUGUGAUGUUAGGGUAGAAUGGUGUGAUGUUAGGGUAGAAUGGUGUGAUGUAAUAGUAGAAUGGUGUGAGGUAAGGUAGAAUGGUGUGAUGUUAAGGUACAAUGGUGUGAUAUUAAGUUAGAAUGGUGUGAUGUUAAGGUAGAAUGGUGUGAUGUGAAGGUAGAAUGGUUUGAUGUUAAGGUAGAAUGGUGUGAUGUUAAGUUAGAAUGGUGUGAUGUUAAAGUAGAAUAGUGUGAUGUUACCAUAGAAUGGUGUGAUUUUAAGGUAGAAUGGUGUGAUAUUAUGGUAGAAUGGUCUAAUGUCAAGGUAGAAUGGUGUGAGUUACAGUAAAAUGGUGUUAUUUUAGGGUAGAAUUGUGUGAUGUUAGGGUAGAAUAGUGUGAUUUUAAGGUAGAAUGGUGUGAUUUCAAGGUAGAAUGAUGUGAUGUUAAGGUAGAAUGGUGUGAUUUUAAGGUAGAAUGGUGUGAUGUUAAGGUAGAAUGGUGUGAUUUUAAGGUAGACCAGUGUGAUUUUAAAGUAGAAUGGUGGGAUUUUAAGGUAGAAUACUGUGAUGUUACAGUAGAAUGGUGUGAUUUUAAGGUAGAAUGGUGUGAUUUUUAAAGUAGAAUGGUGGGAUUUUAAGGUAGAAUAGUGUGAUGUUACAAUAGAAUGGUGUGAUGUUAGGGUAGAAUGGUGUGAUUUUAUGGUAGAAUGGUGUGAUGUUAAGGUAGAAUGGUGUGAUUUUAUGGUAGAAUGGUGUUAUGUUAAGGUAGAAUGGUGGUAUUUAAGGUAGAAUGGUGGGAUUUUAAGGUAGAAUAGUGUGAUGUUACAGUAGAAUGGUGUGAUGUUACGGUAGAAUGGUGUGAUGUUACAGUAGAAUGGUGUGAUGUUACAGUAGAAUGGUGUGAUGUUACAGUAGAAUAGUGUGAUAUAGGAUAGAAUGGUGUGAUGUUAGGGUAGAAUGGUGUGAUGUUAGGGUAGAAUGGUGUGAUGUAAUAGUAGAAUGGUGUGAGGUAAGGUAGAAUGGUGUGAUGUUAAGGUACAAUGGUGUGAUAUUAAGUUAGAAUGGUGUGAUGUUAAGGUAGAAUGGUGUGAUGUGAAGGUAGAAUGGUUUGAUGUUAAGGUAGAAUGGUGUGAUGUUAAGUUAGAAUGGUGUGAUGUUAAAGUAGAAUAGUGUGAUGUUACCAUAGAAUGGUGUGAUUUUAAGGUAGAAUGGUGUGAUAUUAUGGUAGAAUGGUCUAAUGUCAAGGUAGAAUGGUGUGAGUUACAGUAAAAUGGUGUUAUUUUAGGGUAGAAUUGUGUGAUGUUAGGGUAGAAUAGUGUGAUUUUAAGGUAGAAUGGUGUGAUUUCAAGGUAGAAUGAUGUGAUGUUAAGGUAGAAUGGUGUGAUUUUAAGGUAGAAUGGUGUGAUGUUAAGGUAGAAUGGUGUGAUUUUAAAGUAGAAUGGUGUGAUGUUAAGGUAGAAUAGUAUGAUGUUACAGUAGAAUGGUGUGAUGUUACAGUAGAAUUGUGUGAUUUACAGUAGAAUGGUGUGAUGUUAUGGUAGAAUGGUGUGAUGUUAAGGUAGAAUGGUGUGAGUUACAGUACAAUGGUGUUAUUUUAAGGUAGAAUGGUGUGAUGUUACAGUUGAAUGGUGUGAUGUUAGGAUAGAAUGGUGUUAUGUUAGGGUAGAAUGGUGUGAUGUUAAGGUAGAAUGGUGUGAUUUUAAGGUAGAAUGUUGUGAUGUUAAGGUAGAAUGGUGUGAUUUUAAAGUAGAAUGGUGUGAUGUUACAGUUGAAUGGUGUGAUGUUAGGGUAGAAUGGUGUUAUGUUAGGGUAGAAUGGUGUGAUGUUAAGUUAAAAUGGUUUGUUGUGAAGGUAGAAUGGUGUGAUGUUAACUCUUUUCAUUCCUCUUAUAUAGAGAGUGUACAACUAUAUACGUUGGUUAUUUUUGCUAAUAAAAUAUUGUCUUUUUUAUUUUUUAAGUGUUCUAUAGCUAUUUUAUCAUACAUUUGGAAUAAAAAUGUUAAAAAAAUAAUAUUUAAAGUUUUAAAAUAAAAAAUGACGUUUUUUUACGAGUUCGAGGUUCACGUGACAUGCCGAAGCGUUACUCGCCAUUUUGGGAAAAUUUGUGCAAGACGCUGGUCGACUCAGCAGCCCAAAAUUUUAAAUAAUGAAUACUACUGACGAAAAUAUUGAUCAAAUUUUAUCUGAAACAUCUGGGAAAGAUAGUUGGGAACCUGAAUCUAGUGACUUUGAUUCAGAUUUUGAUGAGAAUCUGCCUUUAUAGCCCAUUAUAGUCACUAAAACUAGAAGGUUAGUAAUCAAGUGUUUCGUCAUUCUAUAUUUUUUAUAGAUUUUUUACUUUUAUUUUAUCGAUUUCAAUUGUAUUUAUAAUCAUAAUUGAAGUAUUUAGUACCCAUUUUAAAAUGAAUCUACGCAAAUAAAAUCAUUGUAAAAUUUGCAAAUAUUUUAUUACAUUAAUAAUUUUAGAAGACGUUAUGCUUAGAAACUGUUGCUAAGAAAUGUAAACAAGGCAGUCGGCACUGAUUAUUAUGAUAUAUUUCAUCCUAGAGACCAUAAAAUUUGACAUCGAUGUGUGUCAUAAAAAAUUAAUUAUCUGACACUAAAUUUUUUUGUCAUAACGGUUUUUAGACAGUAUUUGAAGUAUUAAAAACUUGAAAUUUAAGUAAGUAUAUAUUUUAUAUUCAUUGCAUCCCUAAUAGUUGCAUAUAGGUCUAUAAUAUUAGUUAUUCUUUUACUUCUCAGGCUAGGCUUUCAUGAGGUUUGAGAUGAUGACCCACUGGUUCCCACUCCUAAGUUUCCCCCAUCCAGAAAGCCAGGCUGACAUGUGUGGGAAGAAAUGUCAUCAUAACACAGCUACAAUCUGCACCCUAAAGUCUAAGGAUUUUCAAGAUAUGUUUCACGCUGAAUUUGGUUAAAACAUUUGUAAAAUACACCUAUUCAACUACAAUGGGACCUUCUAAACCUUCCAUCAACUGUGGUUUGUCGAUAUCUCAACAACAUACCACUUUUACACCUUUUUCUAGGACUACUAAUGUGGAUGUCAACUGUACAAGUCCUCAGUGUACAAAAAUACUCGUCAACCGCAACAAUGUUUCACUACUUUCAUGAAUUGUGGGCUCAUGCCGUAUUCCCAAAAACAGAUUUAUUCAAAUAAGACAUUCUUCAAAGUUUCUAAUAUUGAAACAGACAAUGAGGACAAACUGUGCAAAGUGAACUUGUCAGACUUUAUCAGAAGUAAAUAAAGAUAAAAACCAAAGCAAUGUGAUAUGAUGUGAUGGAUCAGAGAUAAUAUAAUUUAUACUAUGUUCAGUGGAGAGAAAAGCCUCACUUAUUUCAAAUAGUACGACAGCAAAUGGAUUUUCUUUUGUGAACAAAACCAAAAUGGAUGAUGUCUUUCUAGGCAAUUAUUGGGGAGAAAAACCAAAUUAUUGGGGGGCGGUGAUUUUUAUUUUUUAAAAAUAAUUUCCCCUUUUUGACACAUUUCACAAAAAAAUUAUAUUUUCGUCAAAUUCUCAUGAAAUGUUCUAAAUCAUGCAUAUAAUAUAAGAAAAUGAAUUUGCUUUCUAAAUAAACAGAUUUUAAAAAAUAAUUUCAUAUUGUUUGUUUUUUUCCUUCUUUGCAUGUGAUCACCAUUUUUUUUUUUUUUUCACACAUUUUCAUUAAAAAAAAAUUGCAUUUUUGUUUCACAACUUCUAAGUACUGACACUAUGUGUUUGAAAACAAAUAUUUUUAGAAACCUUAUGCAUUUCCCCACUAUAAAAUAUAUAACAUCAUGAUAUUUAGACAAGGAUUUUAAAAGUUAUUGACUCUUUUUUAAGGUCAAUAGAAAUCUCAUGAAAAACAUGCAAAAUUCAAGGAAUGUAAAGAGUUAAGGUAGAAUGGUGUGAUGUUACAGUAGAAUGGUGUGAUGUUAAGGUAGAAUGGUGUGAUUUUAUGGUAGAAUGGUGGGAUUUUAAGGUAGAAUGGUGGGAUUUUAAGGUAGAAUGGUGGGAUUUUAAGGUAGAAUAGUGUGAUGUUACAGUAGAAUGGUGUGAUGUUAGGGUAGAAUGGUGUUAAGUUAGGGUAAAAUGUUGUGAUGUUGAGGUAGAAUUAUGUGAUUUUAAGGUAGAAUGGUGUGAUGUUAAGGUAGAAUGGUGUGAUUUUAAGGUAGAAUGUUGUGAUGUUAAGGUAGAAUAGUGUGAUGUUACAGAAGAAUGGUGUGAUGUUACAGUAGAAUGGUGUGAUGUUACAGUAGAAUUGUGUGAUGUUACAGUAGAAUGGUGUGAUAUUAGGUUAGAAUGGUGUGAUGUUAGGGUAGAAUGGUGUGAUGUUAAGGUAGAAUGGUGUGAAGUUAGGGUAGAAUGGUGUGAUGUUAAGGUAGAAUGGUGUGAUGUUAAGGUAGAAUGGUGUGAUUUUACAGUAAAAUGGUGUGAUUUUAGGGUAGAAUGGUGUGAUGUUAGGGUAGAAUGUUGUGAUGUUAAGGUAGAAUGGUGUGAGGUUAGGAUAGAAUGGUGUGAUGUUAUGGUAGAGUGAUGUGAUGUUAGGGUAGAAUGGUGUGAUGUUAUAGUAGAAUGGUAUGAGGUUAGGGUAGAAUGGUGUUAUUUUAGGGUAGAAUGGUGUGAUGUUAAGGUAGAAUGGUGUGAUGUUAAGGUAGAAUGGUGUGAAGUUAGGUUAGAAUGGUGUGAUGUUUAGUUAGAAUGGUGUGAUGUUAAGGUAGUAAAAGUUUCAAAAAUUAUCUUUGUUUUUUUUCAGUGAAAGCUCAGGUGAAGAAGAGGAAGCCGGAAAGGCAGACAAAAUAGAAUUUUCUAAACCUAGUCGACCAAACAAAGGGGGACAAUUCAGAAAACGAGCCGCUGACUCAUCCUCUCCAGAGCCUGAUAGAAAACAUUCACAUCAUCCAAGAUCACUAGAUAGUAGGAGGCAUUCGAGAUCCCCUGUUCGAAGAAAGCAAUCAAGAUCACCUGUUAGCAAGAGGCAUUCAAGAUCAAGAUCCCCAGUAAGAAAGAGGUAUACAAGAUCCCCUGUUACUAAAAGGCAUUCAAGUUCCAGAUCCCCGAUUAGAAAGAAGCAUUCAAGAUCUCCUUUUAGAAAGAGGCAUUCAAGAUCAAGGUCCCCAAGAGGUAAGAGGAACCGGGAGGGUAAAGAAAGACACCAUGGAUCUUCCAGAGAAACAUCCAGGAGAACAAGAUCUCGUUCAAGUUCAUCUGAUGAGCGAAAGAAUAAGACAGGGUCAGUUUCCAGAGCCAGUGAGAAAAAACACCAGAAAUCUAGUAUAGUGGGUAAACCAGACAAAGACAGUAAUUCACAGUCAACAGAAAGAAGCCCAAGUGCUAGCUUGUCAAAGUCACAUUCUGAUGACAAGCGUGGAACAAAAUCUGGCUCGGAUUCCAAACGAGAGGAACCUUUGAAUUUGUCAAGUAAUCAUGAAAGUAGCAGGAAAGGUAACCCUGAAGAGGCACCCUUGGAAGAAACCAAAGAAAAUUUUCAAAUCAGUCAAAAUUUAAAGUCAAUCAGAAAUGAAAUUAAUGAUGAUGGAAACAAAAGUCAAAGGGAGGCUCCUGUUGAUCCAAGAAAGAAAGUUUUCCCUCAUCACAAUUCUCAUAAAGACAUUUCAGAAGCUAAAAAAAGAUAUUUGCUAAGAAAAAUUGCCAGGGAAAGUGCAGCAUAAACAAUAUGGCCUUUGAACUUGAAGCUUCAAAGUAGUCCAUGUUUUUUUUGUGUGUUUUUUUUCUACAUGGAUGACUGUUGGCAAAAGUUUGUGUUACAUUAUGUGACUGACCUUUGUGUUGCUUUGUUAUUAAAAUUUAAAGUUUGA